AUGCAGCAAGUGGUCAACUACAAGUUGAAUCUUCUGCCAGCAGAGCCACUGUGGGUUCGACGCCCCCUGGAGAUUCCGUCUCAGGGCCUUUGUGAGGGUUCCGCUGCCGGCCUGGCCAUUGACGAUACCCUGUUCCAGCUGAAGUUCACAGCGAAGCAGCUGGAGAAACUGGCCAAGAAGGCGGAGAAGGACUCGAAGGCGGAGCAGGCCAAGGUGAAGAAGGCCCUGCAGCAGAAGAAUGUGGAGUGUGCCCGUGUGUACGCGGAGAAUGCCAUUCGCAAGAAGAAUGAGGGUGUGAACUGGCUGCGCAUGGCGUCUCGCGUGGACGCAGUGGCCUCCAAGGUGCAGACAGCUGUGACCAUGAAGGGGGUGACCAAGAACGUGGCGCAGGUGACCAAAGCCCUGGACCGAGCGCUGAGCAGCAUGGACCUGCAGAAGGUGUCUGCGGUGAUGGACAGGUUUGAGCAGCAGGUGCAGAACCUGGACGUGCACACCUCGGUGAUGGAGGACUCCAUGAGCUCGGCCACCACGCUGACCACGCCACAGGAGCAGGUGGACAGCCUCAUCGUGCAGAUCGCGGAGGAGAACGGCCUGGAGGUGCUGGACCAGCUCAGCCAGCUGCCCGAAGGCGCGUCUGCCGUGGGCGAGAGCUCCGUGCGCAGCCAGGAGGAUCAGCUGUCGCGCAGGUUGGCCGCCCUGAGGAAUUAGGAGCCGCGCAGGCA